AUGAAUAAAAAAAUAAGAACCGAUUCUAGCGCAAACAAUAUGAAUCUCUUCGAAGAACGUCUUAGGCGUUACGAAGAUGAAACAGGUCAAAUUAGUAGUACACCAAUAUCAACAGUAAUAGACAGAGUUUCACAUUUACGAAAAACCCGAGAAAAUGAUGCGUCAAAGGCAAUCAUUAAUAUUCAAACUUCAAUGAACCUUGAUCUUUGCUUCGUUCUGGACUGUACAGGCUCCAUGUCUCAUUAUAUUGAAGCAGCAAAAGAGCACAUAUUAAAAGUAGCUAGUUUUAUAAACAGCAAUAAUUCAAAUAUCAAAUUAUGGGUUGGUUUCUGUGGCUAUCGCGAUCACUAUAAUCAUGGUGAUCGCUUACAAAUUUUUGAUUUUACUAACUCUUUCGAGAAAUUUAAAAUGUACAUUACCAAUAAAGUGACGGCUAUAGGUGGUGGUGAUAUCCCAGAAGAUGUUUUAGGUGGUCUUAAUGCUGCGAUAACUGAGAUGACAUGGAGCAAUGCCACUCGUAUUAUUAUACAUAUCGGCGAUGCACCACCACAUGAACAACAGCCAUGCCAGGAUUAUGACUAA